AGAAGAAAUUGAUUAGGUAGUGAUAAAUAAGUAGUUGAUGUGAAUUAGAAGUUGAAAAGUUUCCUUGGUUAUAGAAACGCUACAUUAAGACUAUAGUGCCUCUUUCGACAGUGUGAAUAUAUCAUAAAAUUAAUAAAUAUGUCGUUGUACAAUAAUUCGAUGACGAGAUACUAUGACCAUCUGUUUAUCGAUUUAGCAGAUCCCAGAACGAAUGAUUGGUUUCUAAUAAAAUCGCCAAUGCCUGGUUUGACAAUAUUAGGAUUAUAUCUAUAUUUUACAUUAUCAUGGGGGCCAAGAUACAUGCAACAUAGAAAACCUUUCUCUUUAAAAAACACAUUAAUAGCAUAUAAUUUUAUACAAGUUUUAGUUAGUAUAUGGUUAUUUGUUGAGGCAAUAGACGCUGGUUGGGGUAAUAAAUAUAGUUGGCGAUGUGAACCCGUGGAUUUUUCUCGAACACCUGAAGCAAUGAGAAUUGCACGUGGUGUAUAUAUCUAUUUUCUGGCAAAAAUGUCAGAAUUACUAGAUACGGUAUUCUUUGUACUACGAAAACGUGAUCGUCAGAUUACAUUCUUACAUAUGUAUCAUCACACUGUUAUGCCAAUGAUCAGUUGGGGAUGUACCAAAUACUAUCCAGGUGGUCAUGGGACAUUUAUUGGUUUUAUUAAUUCAUUUGUACAUAUUAUUAUGUAUACAUAUUAUAUGUUUGCUGCAAUGGGACCACAAUAUCAAAAAUAUUUAUGGUGGAAACGUUACAUAACAACAUUACAAAUGUUACAAUUUUGUAUUUCUUUCAUCCAUUCGGCUCAAUUGUUAUUCAUUGAUUGUGGAUAUCCAAGGUGGUCAGUUUACUUUACAUUGCCUAAUGCUAUUUUCUUCUACUUCUUAUUCAACAAUUUCUACAAAGAAGCAUACACAACUGAUGAUAAAAAAUCAUUGAAAAAUGGACAAUUGAAGAACGGUACAACAUCAAAUGGCACAACGGCAAAUGGUACCACAGCAAAUGGCACCACGGCAAAUGGCUCCAUGGUAAAUGGAACUACAGCAAACGGAAAAACAUCAAACGGAGCAAUCAAUAAUAAUCAUAAAUAUGAUAAAAAAGAAGAAUGAUUUUUAAAUAAUUUUUGUUUUUAUUGGUAUUCGUGCUUGAAAAUUAUUUUUCAAUAACUCCGGAUUAAAUUUAUUAUCGCCAUUUCUUUUUAGUUAUCUGGAGUUAUUGGAUCAAUAUCUUUAUUUGUUUCGUUUUUGAGAUAAAAAUUGAAUAACUCAAUAUUAACAUUUUUUUUUUUGUAAAUAUUUUUUAAAUAAUUUUAAUAUUUUGUUAUUCAUUAUUAUUGCAUUCCCAGUUCUUGGGCUUCGAUCUUCUCCAAAAAGAUGAUUUUUUGGAAAGGCAAACAACAUAUUUCCAUUAAAAUUAAUUAAUUAUCUUUCAAUUUUUAGUUUACUGCAUGUAAAUAACAGAGGAUGACAAAUCUCUGUAAGUAACAGAGACAUAUCUCUAGAAAUCGUAUGUCAUUCUGAUUUCCUAGUACAAGUUAGGUUAUAUAACAAUUGCCUCUAUUAACACACACGAGGCAAUAUUACUUUUGCAAAAGCGACCAUACCGAUGUUGAAUUAAUUACUUUCUUACUUGAGUUAUUCCUCAUCAUGUGGUCGCUUUUUCUUAAGAUUAAGUAAAAUUGAGUCAAAUUCUUUUAGGCCAUUUUUGUACGAGUAUGAACGUUAUGCAAAUGAAUAUUGCGUUUACCUAGCAGGGAUGGCGAGCCGAUGGCAUCCGUGCCAUUGGUGACACGCAACGCAAUCGUUAAGGCACGCCACCGAUAACAAAGUUCACUAUGAAGUAUUUUAUUAUACAUACGAACGAGCGCUCGUUUUUUAUUAUAGUAACAUGGUGAACUACAAUUUUUUAUGCCGCAUAGUUUGUUUACGCAUACCAUAAUAGUCAAUUUCGUUGGAAGAACUAAUGUUUAUUCGUGUAAUGGUAUGAUUUCUAAAGCGACGAGUUGAUAGUAUUUAAUUUGACUGUAUACGCAAUAAUUAAGAAGUCAAAGUAUCUUGACAGCUGAUCUACGGCCUCAUGAAAAAUUUCUUUAAGAAAAAAAAUUGCACGUUGAUAGGUUCGCCACCUUUUUCCUAGUGACUAUCAAAACUUAAACAACCUAUUAUUAGUUUUUUCUUAAACUAAGCUUUGCUUAUGAGCCUUCUUUAAAGUUUAAAGUUCGUAAACCUGCUUUAAACUUUAGAAUGAUGGAUCAUCGAUG